AAAUAUAGUUCCACCUCACUCGACAAUAACACCAAGAGACCUUGGGAACAGGACACAGUAAUGUAAAGCGUAUCUGUCGACAGUGCGGGUGUUUAUACGACAGAAUAUGCGUAUAUAAUUGUUAUACUAUGCACAUGGAACUUGGAACAAGUGAUACCUGAGAUAAACGUCGUUUUUAUGCGAGGCCAGUGCGUCUUAGAUUUAUCAACCAGAGAUUUCGUGUUUCGCUUCACGGAUUAAUAUGCCAGGUAGAAGCGUACCAGUCAACCCGAAGCUUGCGGCGGUCCGGGCGGUGGAAAUAGGAGAGGGCGUCUUUAAAUACAUCCUGUGUAAGAUAUACGAAGGGUCGAAUACGGAGGAUAACAAGUUUAUAGUGCGAGGCGAUGUGGGCGCAGAAUUUCACUCUGAUGUAUAUGACAAACUAGACUCGCAGCUGGAAGGCGAGGGUAUUAACUGUGAGUGUGUAGGGGGAGGUAAAAUCCAACAUGAGUCCGACAAGAAGAGCAUUCGGGUUUACGGCAAAUCUCAGGGAUAUGGAAAAGCUGACCACGUCCUUGCAGCUAAACUUAUUAAAGAGGCCUUCCCCGAAUAUGGAAGUGUCACGUGGUCUGACGACUGAAACACAAAAACUGUUACGUAUGUGCACUGCGGAUGUUUCGGAAGGGUCACCACGGCAAAGCGUUUUCUGAUUUUGUUUCUGUUAUUUAUUUCUCUCGCGUUUCAACUGAAAUCGUUAUAAACUGGUUUUUACUGUGA